AUGGUUACAAGUGAAGAGGUCAGAUAAUAUGUUGUAGAAAUAUUUUAAUUUACUAAAUACGAGCAUGAAAGCAGGGAAGGAAGCGAGGCUGUGCACUACAAUGGCUGCCACAACAGCAGUGAUAUCCGCAGAGAAAGAAGCUAUACGGAUUGUUGGUGACGAUGAUGGCGGCACCCCCUUCACUUCAGAACAAUAUGAGAAAUACAAAAGGAAGGUCCUCCCUCAACGAGUGAAAAACAGGCUGUAUGUGAGCUUUGGAGUGCCAGGAGGUAUCGACUGCAAACUCAUUGGUCCUGAGACACAGUGCUUCUGUGCACAUAGGUACAAGCAACAUAAGACUGACUUUGAAGUGGUUCCCACUCAGCGACCCCUCACCCUGCCAUGUCAGAUCAGUGGGUGUCACUGUUCUGCAUACCAGUAUGUUCCUCAGUUUGGGCCAAACCCUGUGCGCUGCAGGUGUAAACACUUACCUCAGGAUCACAGUGAAGCUAGUGGACACUUCUGCAAAAAGUGUAGUUCCUGUUCUGGAUUCCAGAGCCCUUACACCUGUGGCUGUGGCCAGCCCAGUUCUGCCCAUCAGACCCUGGUUGAGACAAAACUAGAAAGGGAGGCACGUGGUCAACCCAUAGGCAGGGAUGUCCCUUAUGCUGCCAUGGGGGGACUGACAGGGUUCAGCUCCUUGCUGGAGGGUUACCUUGCUUUGGAAACUAGUGGCUCAGAUCAUGACAGAGAAGAUGGCUGCCAGCAGACGCUCAGCAUCACGAAUCAAAGAAGCGCCUGCUAAAGUGUCUAGCUCUUAUUCAUUCUGAACAGGUGGUCUUGAGGAAAUGGAAGUAGUGUUAUGCCUGAAGGAUGGCGUUGAUGCACCUGGGUCUCUGCAGCCAAGUACUGCAGGGGAAGAAAGUGGAAAGGAUCCCAUCUGAAAGCUGACACUUCAGAUUCAAUGUGUAACAAGGACGGCCAUGGUAUCACAUCACCACAAGAUGAAGUACGUACACACAUGUUCACAGCUGCAUACAAUCAUGUUACCCCUUCACCAUUCAGAAGAGUUUUGUUGACUGCUAGAAUCAAGUGUCCUUAAAAAAACAUUUAACCUCUUUCCACUGCUUACUCUUGGACAUUUUUUCUCACAGAGAAAAACCCAAUUAAUUUAAUAGGUAAAGGCCUGACACAUUAGUGUGGCACAAUUACAAUUUGGAGUAAUUGCUUCUCCAUAGCAACCCCUGUUCAGGAGGCUACAGGUAAUUUACUUUGGCCAUUGGUUGAAGUGAAUGACUACUACACUUCCCUUGUCCCCAUGGGAACCACGCCCAGCAUGACUGACAGAUCCGCCACUACAAAUAGGGAGAAGAGCACAGAAGAUUAAAUUGGCAAUUACUGCGCAAGGAUACACUUAAUUACCCCGGUGACAGUUACGGUAAGCAUGCGCUUAAGUCGGUGUGUGGAAACUAAGAACGCACCCCCCUAAUUUCCCCACAGACUGAGAAAGAGGUAACAAAAACUCAGAGACACAAUAGACCGGCAGGAAAUAUUGAAAUUGUCAUCCAGAUACUACUCUGACGGAAAAUACAGCUUGAAAUAGAAUAUCCUAUGUGCAAAGGACAACUGUAUACAUACUGUAUGUCUUAUUGAUGUGAGAGCUAUACCUAUAAGUCUGUGAAAUAUGCUUGAAGUUGUGCAUCUAACCUUACAUUUAAUCCCAAUCGUAAUUGUCAC